GACGUCGCCAUGACGUUCCCCAUCGAGCAGCAACAGAAUCAAAGAUAUCCGAAAAGCCGCCAUUGGGCAGAGCGUGCCCGACUGCACAUGAGACACACCUGUGCCUAAAGCUAUCUGAACCUCACACUUCGCUCAUUCCUCCGUCACCCAACGCAAUUGCUCACAUCGAACGAGCUUCCAAGUGAAGCUAGCAAAACCGUGCAGUUUUCCGACCGACCGAAUUCCAUUGAAACAUACAAACGCAACAAUGUCCCCCCUCACCAUCCCCAAGAUCUUCAUGGCCGGCGGCGCUGUCGGCUUCGGCUACUACCUCCUCAUGCGACAAUACUGGUUCCCGAACCCAUACAAGACACGAGAAGUGCAGAACAUCGAGGACCGCUUCUCAGCGGGCGGAGGGACUCCACAUCACACACCCGGCGUGGCUACCAUGAGAGGAGACGCUUCGAACGUCGAAUCAAGACAAGUCGGCGAGCACAAAGGCCCGCAGUCUGAGUUCCACAAGAAGAACAUUACAGACCAGCAAGCUAACGCGCCCGUCUUCCCCGAGAAGUUCUACGAACAACAGUACAACAAUCCGAAGGGCAAAUGAGCGUAUCGACCGUCCGUCCGUCCCGACCGAGCGAGUAUACAAAAUUGGGAGAACCCACCGGUGUUGGUUGGCAAGCUUUGAUGCAUCAUAUUAUGGCGUUCUCGACUCACUCAUCAGGCUCCUCCACUGUAAAAUCAUUGUGUAUAUACGAGAAGCUCUCCCCUCGGGAGGCUUGCAGGAGGAAGCAAAUGCAAUUGGUCCAAGUUCAAUCCAGUCCCCCUGGACUUGGUCUCGCGUAGUAUUGGAGUGUUGUUGUAGCCCUGACGCCAUUGUCUAAUGCGAGGAAUCCAGCGAACAGAAGUGAACCUCCUGUUGAAGUUACUAAAGGUACGUAUCAACGCCGAGGGAUUUGUCGCUAUAAAUCCAUAUAUGCGGUAGAAG